GGCACUAUUGUUGAUGAGGCGCACGGAGGCUGCGGGUGCCGCGGCGCGGAGGGGACGGGAGCGGGACGGGACGGGAGCCAGGACGGGGCUGGGGUGGCCGGAGCCACCACCUGAGGCGUCAGACCCUGCGAGGUGCGGCCAGCGCCUCGCACCCUUCCCUCUCUUCCCCGCCUCAGGCCGCCUUCCGCGAGCCCCAGCUCCCGACGGACAAUGUCCCACCAGCGCGUGAGGCGCGGCGGCUCCCCGACCCCCGCCACCUCCCUGGCGGGGGGAGGCGGCGCGGCGGCGGCGGGCGGCGGAGCAGCGGGAGCGAGCAGUCGCCUCCAGCCCAUGCGGGCCACGGUGCCCUUCCAGCUCAAGCAGCAGCAGCAGCAGCAACAACAUGGCAGCCCCACGAGGAGCGGUGGCGGCCCGGCAGCGGGGCUCCCACGCGCGGCGGCCCCCAGCAGCGGCGGGCGCGGCGGCCCCGCCACGGCCCCGCGGGGAGCGGGGAGCAGCGGCGGCGCCGCCUCUUCGGGCAGCCCCACGCGUGGCCAUGGCGGGGCGCGGGGCAGCCCCCCGCGGCACCACCACCUGCCGGCGCCGCCGCCGGGCAGCGGGCCCUCGCCCUGCUCCUCGCCGGUGCCUCCGCUGCCGGAGGGCAGGGUCCGGCACCACCACCGGCGGCAGUCGCCGGAGCCGGGCAGGAGCUCCCCAGAGAGGAAGAGUCCCAGCUCUCCCGUCUGCAAAGACAAAUCAAGACCCCCUUCAUCAAGCCCUUCCAGUAUUGUUCGCCGCACCUCUUCACUGGAUACACUGGCUGCUCCAUACCUCGCUGGCCAGUGGCCUCGGGAUAAUCACGGGCAAGCUGCUCCCUGUAUGAGAGACAAGGCGACACAGACAGAAAGUGCCUGGGCUGAAGAAUAUUUAGAAAAGAAGAGAAGCUCACACAAACGUUCAUCAUCAUGGGGCAGCAAUGAACAGCUCAAGGAGAUUGCAAAAUUGCGUCAACAGCUGCAGAGAAGCAAACACAGCAGCAGGCAUCAUCGGGACAAGGACAGACAGUCCCCUUUUCAUGGCAACCAUGCAGCCAUUAACCACAGCCAGGCUCACAUCCCAAAGAGUGCUCUCGUUCCUGUGAUACCGAUUACCAAAUCAACGGGGUCACGGUUCAGAAACAGCGUAGAGGGAUUGAAUCAAGAGAUUGAGAUAAUAAUUAAGGAGACAGGAGACAAAGAGGAACAACUUGUUCCUCAAGAUAUUCCAGACGGGCACCGUGCCCCGCCUCCACUGGCACAGCGCAGCAGCAGCACUCGCAGCAUUGACACCCAAACGCCCGGUGGGGCAGACAAGGGCAGCAACAACAGCAGCCGCUCCCAGUCCGUGUCUCCAAGCUCCUUUCUCACCAUCUGUAAUGAAGGCAGUGAGGAAAGCCCGUGUUCUGCAGAUGAUCUGCUUGGUGAUUCCAGAGAUAAAGAAAACGGGAAUAAUUCUCCCUUGCCAAAAUACGCUACCUCGCCAAAACCCAACAACAGCUACAUGUUCAAGCGUGAACCUCCUGAGGGCUGUGAAAAGGUGAAAGUCUUUGAGGAAAACUUGCCAAAGCCAUUGCACGAAAUUCCAGCCUUCUAUUGCCCUGACAAGAACAAAGUGAAUUUCAUUCCGAAAAGUGGCUCUGCUUUCUGUCUUGUCAGCAUCCUCAAGCCACUUCUUCCCACCCAGGAUCUCACACUUAAGGGCACUACACACAGCCUGACUGUCUCCUCCAGCAUGACGCCUGGUUUAUUACAGCCCAUUUCUAUGGCCUCCUUGACUACAAGCACAGAUCAAGACAGGAUUUCUCGUGGAACAAGUACAGUAAUACCACAGACCUCUCUGCUCCAGCAGUCAGGAUGUAUUGAGGAAGCUGAAGAAUAAUUUAGAUUGUCUUUGACAUUUUUCUGAGCAACUACUGGGAAAAAAAUGGAACCAGUUGACCGGACCUUUCUAAUCACACACACGCAUUGUUUUAACAAUUUAUGGCCCUGCCAUAAUCAAAACUGUUUGUAUAAUUGACAGUUUGUAGCACAUUGAGAAGUUCAGGAGGAUGCAGCAGCUGAUAAGCUGUUGUACUUUGUGCUUUUGAAGACUCUGGUUCUGUUUCUCUUCUGCUUUUUUUAAACACUGGUGAAAACAAAGACUAUCAUAAUCCUUUCCCAUUUAAAGGACCAGUUGUUGUGAUGGUGUGUGUCCUCUGACUUUUUUUCCCCACUAAAACAAGUCUCAAGACCAGCCAGCUGAUCCCAUUUACCAUUGUAAUCUGCAGAGGGAGGGGCAAUCAGAUGGUUUUGCAAGAUGUCUUUUGUAUGAAAAUGUGUAUUUUGUAACAAAAUUUUGCCUUUCUGGUUUGUAGCAGAUGGUGUUUCCUGGUGAUGAUCCCCCUACCCUUUUUUUCCUUUUUUCCUUUGGUAGGGGAGGAUUUUUUUAUACUUGGCUGGCUUACAGCUGAUGGGACCAAAGGAUUGCUGAACUAUUGCAGCAGUCUCAAAUUAUGUGACCUUGCUGAACAGCCUCAGACCUGAACAAAGCAAAACAAGUUAAUACGUUUGAAACUUUUAAAAAAAAGAGUAUGCAAAAACAGUGUUAGUGUAUUGUGUAAAUUUUUGAUAUCAAAAAUCUGUGCUUCUGGUAAGUCACAUUCUUAAAAUUCCUUCCUUCACAGAAUUCCUACUAGUGUUGGUUUAUUGGCCGGAAAAUUGCAUUUUAAAGCACUUGCCCUGCUAUUGUUCUAUUUGUCCAUAGAAUCUUUUGUGCAGAUGUAGGGAAAAAACAUAUUAUCCUCUUACUCAGUAUUCUUUCUUCCAGAAAAUACUUGGCUCUUACAGGCUUGCUUGCAUCCUUAUGAGUCAGCCUGAAUCAUUAAUCACUCUUGGUACAAAUUUGCUCUGAUGUGAUUCAUCACUGUAUUAUAGACCCUGGCCACAUAAUACUGAAAUACCUGUGCAUGGUUUCCUCCCUUUUGUCAUAGUGGUGUUUGUGUGUCUGUUGAAGGUGAUGGUUUGUCAGGCAUGAUAUCUGUUAUGCAGAAGUUUACAGCAGCAGAUGUGUUCUCUCUUUUGGACUAGCAGCUUAGGCUGGCAUGUAAAACAGGAUUUUUUGAUACUUGGUUUGUCCUGAUAAUGUGGCAGUUAAUGGUUGCUUUGAAAUUACAGUGAAAGGCAAAAAUGGGGGGGUGGGGAGGGGAAGGCAAUUGCAAACAGAAACUGUUCAGGAACUUCACUGAGGUUUCUCACAUGUUCCUGGAGUGCAUUACUUGGAUUUGAGUUAACACAAUUAGAGAUAUACAGAAAGCUCCAAUGACCUGAAUACCAGUGUCAUAGUCACUUAUAAAGCAAAUUGCUCUUGUAUCUCUUUAACAGAGUUAGAUUCAGUAAUUUCAAAGUAAAUGUCAUUGUGGACAGUCUCUGGGUCUGAAUAUUGGUCUGUUACAUGCAAGCAGGUCCACUGGCUUGCAUAUACACAACUUCCAUCGACAUAGUUUCCAUGGAUCAAUUGUAUUCUCAGGUCUCCUCAUAAUGGCAACUAUUUAAAGAUGAUACUGCAAAAUAUAACAGUCUUGUUCAGUGCGUAAUAUGAGGAAUUUGCUUGCAAACAUUUUGAUUUAGGGAAAAAAUCCCUGCGUAUGUGUGCAGAUAAUCAUAAUUUUGAUGCAUAUUUGCUGUUCCUUUAUGUCCUGUAUUAGUAACUAUGACUGCAGUGUACUUCAUUCAGCAAGUAAGUGUAAAUCAUGCUAGAAUGUGCAAGCUCUCUAUUUAUAGUAUUUUUUAAAUGUUAUGCAAAAAAAUCAGUAAAUUAAAAUUGUACCUGGAGGUAUGAAAGUCUUUCACCUGUUAAAUUAGCAGACAAGAAUAAUUUGGCUUACUAUCUGUCUUCCCAUGAAAAUGGACAGGAUUGUUUGAAGUAACAGUUUUGAUUUGCGCCGACAUUGUCAGUCACCUGGAGUUGUUGAGGAACAGAGCUUUAAAAAUAAGCAGAUUUGUGCAUCAAACUUGUGUAAUUUUGCCAGCUGAUAGUUCUUUUCUGGGCUUGGUGGAUAUUAAUUUGUUUCUUCUGAAACACUACAGUGCAAUUUGAGGUCUAAUAUUUACUGCUUUAGAUAGGUUUGUUUAAACCUGGUGUGACUGAUCCGGAUCAUGUUCAGGUGAAGGAAGUGCUUUUAAGUCUGUUUUCUAUUUCUGUAACAGUAGCACGUAAAGAACUUCAUUGUUGCCAAACUGCCUAGUGCUUUAUUAGGAGAUCUUAACCGAAUGGUUAAGAACCAUUAAGAAGGGCUAAAGUUAACAAACAGCCUUUUUUACAGCCUUGACACUUAACUGACUUCACCAAAAUGCAUUCUGAUGUUUGUUUUCAUCACAUUGUGGCUCUCCCAGACAGCAGUGAGCUUUCUUACCGUAGGACUUUCUUUUGCACCUCUUGUUGUAGGACUCGAGUAUCUCUCUGGUAGUUUACCUUGUAUGUUAUUGGACAAUGUACUGUACAAAUUAGUGAGCUGCUCUGAUAAAAACCAAAUGUAAAUGUGUGAAGUUUUUGCUUUUUAUAAAAGAAUAGCAUUCAGGACAACAUUCAGUCUUUUUUAUAUGCAGGACAACUCUACUAUUGCUGUGGCAGCUCAAGUUUAUUACGAAUCCACACUAAACACUCAGAGUUAAGAAAAUAUGACAGCUCUUGUUCUGAGACCAACGUUGAUGUGUGCAGACAAAAAUUAGCCUUAAAUUUUUUAUGUGCUGUCUUGUGCCAUAGCAUAGCUGUUAGCUGAAGUAUUUAAAUCGAUUUGCAUAUAGCUUUGAGAGUGCAUGGAACUUUUAAAAAAUUCUUUUAUGUGUAGAAUGGGAAGUUCAUUUUUGGAGGGAGCUGACCUGUGCAUUACACAAGCACAGUUUUACUGAAAGAGUUAAAAUUCUUUUGGCUGACUUAAAAUCCUAACUAUGCAUAGACCUAAUCAGUUCCCCGAUUACCUAAGUUGUAGCUUAAGAAAGAGUAAAGGUCUGUUUUUAUGCACAGCUUGAUGCAUUUGAUAUUCUUGUUUUCUUGGUGUAGCCACACUUAAAGGCUGGUGAUUGUGUUCAAUAACGCUGGCAGUUGAUUUUGAGAUAUACUAAAUGCUGUUACUCCAGUUGUAAAUUCUACUUAAAUCACAAGGAAGGAGUUCAUUGUAACAAAGUCCAUGGCGACAGUUGUGAUUAUUAGAAUUGUUUUUUCAAAAACUCAAGGCACAGGAGAAGAGGGCUCCUUUGGUAAAGUUUGAACUGCAUCAGCUAUUCUUUCCUUGUUUGGUGCCAUAAUCCUGUAGCAUUUAAGUACUUGGUAAAGUAACAGACAGUGCUUAAGUACAUAUAUCAUGGAAAGAAACUCUUGGUUUCAGGUAGGUAUCCCAGGUGAGCAAAAAAGGGAGUGAAAAUUAAAUAUUGCUUACUCUGGCAGUAAAUGAUUGCUGUGUUUGAUUUACAUAAGGCAAUAGCAGCUCUUAUAAAGUAUGUUUAGUCUCAGGGCUAUUUUUUGAUUUGUUCUAAAAUACAAUUUCCUGGAAUUCAGAGUCUGGGACUGUUGAAAAACACUGAGACUGAAUUUUUUGGGAAGAAGGAAACAAAGUCAUAUCCAUUAACCUUUCCUCUGCCUCAGGCCAAACUUCUUGUUGCUCAUUAAGAGAAUUCAGCGGUAGCACAGUAAUUCUCUGCUGCAGUAUUAUCUGUUCUCUCUCCCUGCCAUCUCUAAAAUGCUGACUGGUGUCCUCACAGAAACUCAGUGCCAGUGAUGUCCGUAUUUCCUUGCCAAAUGUUUCCUUGCUGAGUACUUGACAACCCCUCCAUCAAGCUGAGAUGGCAAAGGAGGAAGCGUAGGAAGUCACCAGAGACUUGCAGUUACAGAGAUCAUUCCUGCAGGGUGACUUCUUGAGUCUCUUGACUUCCAUUUAACUUACUGUGUGCAUGCACACAGGUCUGCUGCUUUAAUUUGUGCUGUUGGAGACAGAGCUGGUAUUUUUGAGAACCUUUUGUUAUUUUUUUCUCAUGUACAGACUUGCAGAGCUGUUUUCUUCCAGAACUGAUGCACACUUCCAUGCAUCUCCAGAGCAGAGCUUGUGUGUUGUUAUUACUUGUCCUCAUGAGAUUAAUAUAAGCUGCAAAAAGGAAAUAAAAGCACCCACACACUUGAGCACAUCAGGACUGUGCUUUCUCCAUAUAAUUCCAUAGUUCUGGUGUGUGCCCUUCAUCAGAUGACUUAGACCCAAGACACGUUGAUAUGUGUUAAACCAAAAAUGUUUGUUCGUAGGAAAGGCAAUAGAAGGCAAGCCCUUCAUAACCUAGGGAGAUGAAAAGCACUGGGGAACAAUUGGUUUUACUGUGAUCAAGGAGUUCUUUUUAGAAUUGUUUUUCUGAAUAUGGGUGUACAGGAAAACAAAGUUACCAAUCACUGCCAGAUGUACCUGUGUAUUUUCUUGAUGUGAGUUUGUGAGCAUUCAGCAUCUCUGGAAAUCAGUUCCACUCUUAGUGUUCUGUUUAUGCAAAGAAUGACUUAGAUACAUUAUUUGGAAACUGUUACUUUGCACAUCAAGUGGGGGGAGGAUGUUAACUACUUACAAGUGUUCUGUGACAUUCCAGUCCUGUACCCCAGCUGAACUGCAGCGUCUCAUUCUGAAUGCUCCAAAUGGAAGUGGAGUCCUGUUACUGCUUGCUUGGUUUCAUUGCAUGUCAUCAGUAAAUACUUAAGGUAUGGUCUUUGUUUAAUAGUUCUUCAUUGGGAUUUGUAUUUGACUACAGAGACUUCUGUAGUGUUGACAGAUCUAUUUGAAUAGCAGAAGAGGACUUGGUCUGAUAACACUGCAAAUUAGCAUUUAUUACACAAACUUUUGGAACAACUCUCUUUGGAAAAAUCUACUAAGCUAAAAAAAGAAAACAAACCCCAUCAUCCAUCCUAAUUGUCCAUGUACUGAUAGUUAAGAACAUAGCUUGGCUUCAUUCUAAAUUAUUUCUUAUAUUGAAAUGUGCAAUUUUUGAGGGUAGCUGUCAAGGGAUGUUCAAAACUGCCAUUAGAUUUGCCUUUGUAUGAAAUUGGCUGACAUGUUUUCCUCUGUUACACUGUGAUAACUUGUGGAGAUGUUCUUGCUUAUGUUGUACUGAUAGGUUACUUGUUGCAUGUAAAGCAAUUUUUGUAAGCAAGAGGAAUUCCAGGGAUGUUCUGUAAAAAAGGGCCUAUUCUGAGGUGAUGUACACUGUUGUAAAACUGGAGCAGCUCAACUAAUUUCAAUGGAAUUCUUGAUUUACACUAGUCUUUUUGCUAUGUGUAGUUAUGCCAGUACAAUUUUGCACAAUGUUAUUUGAAUAUUGCGUUCUGACUUGUGGACUGUUUCUACUGAAAACAGUGAAAAUUUUACAAACUGCAAUAGCGGAAUGUUUUUGGCCUUUUUUUUUUGUUUUUGCCUAAAAUAAAAAGUUGUCACUUGAAGCUAUGGGCUAAUCUUGGAGUUAUCUUUAGUAGCAAGGGGUUUUUGUGUUUGCAUGGUCUGGAGAUUUGCCUGAGCUUUGCCCCGAGGUAGUGGGCAUUUACUACAAAUAAAAUAAUCACUUUUUAAACCCUUCUGGAAAAAAAUUCAUCAGAAUGGAAAUAUUUGUUUAAUUCACACCGUCAUUCCUUCAGUGCAUCCUGGAGAACAGUCCUGAAAAUUCUACCUUUCCCUGUCUUCAUCUUCAGUAAGUUUGGUCAGUUCCUGAGGACACUACAAUUCCACCAUUAGGGUAAGGUGUAUAAUGUCCUGGAUUUUGGAAACAGAAGGAUUCAGCAUGUGUUCUUGUUGGAGUGAAGGUAUGAGAACAGGAUUGAGGAAGAGCCCUGGAAUCCUGCUGGUAGGUUCAUUCUGCUGUUCAGUAGAAUGCAAUUGCUGAAGCCUACCUGAGGAGGCAAUUAGGCUGAUUGUUAAAAUAGUCUCAUGUUCUGCAUCUGUCUGUUUACUCAAAACAAGCAUCUUUCUUCAUGAACAAAAUUUGGAGACAAAACUUCUUUAAACUAGAAGUGGUAAACUAGAUAAAUUAUUGGGUUUGGGUUUUUUUGCUAGCUCUUAUAUUAAAUUCUGGUCUAAUUUGCCUAAAAGGCUUGGAGCAAUUCCCCUUCUGGAAAAUCAUUGUCAGCUAUAUUUCAUUUCAGAAUGGAGAGGUGGAUUUCUUGGAAUCUUGAAGAAUUUAAGGAUUACUAGUGCGUGUCCCUCCAGCCAGAGCUCUAGCCUGUGGUUUUCCAGUGGUGGAAAAGUUUGGGACAAUAAAUAUGACAUCAAGUUCCCAACAUUGUGCAUUUCACAGCCAGAGAUCAUGGGUCAAUUUGCAUCCAAAUAGGAAAACUGCUUGGCUGAAAUGUAAAAGAGUAAUUCACAGCCAAUGAAGUCUGGAGUAUUUGGUGCUUUCUCAGAUUUUAGUCUUUUUCACCUGUUCAGCUGUCUGUGGGUGUUUACCUGUUGCCAGAUGAACAGGAUCUGAUUCUUUAUUAAAUAGGCUGUGACCUCAUUCUUCAUUAAACUAUUUCUUCACCACUGAUUACAAAUUUAGUAUUUCUGGUUUUUUGCAUGUAAGGAUGAUUUUACUGUAAAUAUGUCUGGUGUUCAAAAUACCUUCACACCUUGCAUUACAUAUAGGAAAACUGCCUGAGACAUUAGAAUGCUGAUAAAGAUCAUCUAUGAAGACAAAGAGAAUGGAAAGCGCAUCUCUGUGGUGAGCAAUGACCAUCUUCCAGUUCUUGAUUCACUGUUUGCAUUAUAAGCACUUAUGUUCCUCUGUUAAAUAGCUGCUCUUUUUUUUUUCUUCAUGUUGUAAGAGAUAAUCAGGCAGGAGACUGCUAGGAGGAUUUCUCAGGUAUCUCAGUUUUUUCUUGGGGUUAGAUCUGACUGCCUAGCAAAUUACUAUAGAAGUUGUAAGCCAAAGCUUCUUAUAUUUUAUCAUAUUUGCUUGCUGUCCUUUUCCUGGCUCUUCACUCAGCAUUUGGAAAACGUGUAAGAUAGUCAUCCCAGCCAGACUUCCAAACUUUAAAUGCUGCUGUCUAACACUAUUCCAUCUCUAUACAGUAUUUACAGAAGCACUGUUCAUUGCCAGACAUGUCCUGGUUAAGUGCUGUGUAGUGCAGACAUAAGUUAGAAUAGGAUGGAGGAGAUAAUUUGGAUGAAGCUCUCCCACACUUGAAAUUGGCUGGAUUCAUCACCACUGCAUGUACUUUUUUUCAAGUCUUACUCCUGCCAAACAAGCCUGAUUCAUCUCCUCCUGCACUGUCUAUUUACAGAACUCUUGUUUCACGUCACCUGGGCCGUGGCCCUGUAACGGAUGCUUGUGUUGAUGUAGGAGUAUGUCUGUGGUCAAUAGCAAUUUCACACUGUGGUGACAUUGCUUGUAGUAAAGAAAAGAUUCAGUAGUAGUUUAAAACCUCAUUACUGCAAGCAAAGUAGAACACUGUUCAUUAAUUCCUACACUUAUGAGCAUGGGGAUGUAACUGCUGUGAUUAAGCUCUUGAUUAAGAAACUGUUUGCAGUUUGUUGUGGAUGCCUUUUCCAACUACAGACGUGUAGCUGACCACUGUAAACACUAAUUUCACUGUUGAUGGAAAUGGCUGUUAGGGAGGUUUCUCUGUUUUCUCCCAGUGGGUGUCCACUGCAAGUAGCUGAACAGUGAGCACUGCCAGAAUUCAUCUGGCUGUGUAUGUCAGGCAGGCAGCAGGUAAGAGUGUGUUCUCUUUGCCCUUCAUCCUUCCAAAUCUCUGAAGUUAAUUACAAGUUAGAACUUGACCUACAACAUCUUGUACUGGACAAAUUAACAAAGAAGGUACAUCCUUGCCUAGCCCAAAUCUUUUGUGUGGCUUUUGCAAGAUGUUAGUCAUUUUUGAAAAGUAUUUUUCUAUAUACAGGAGUCAUAAAACCGCUACUCAGCUGCAAGAUGUAGUCAGGUGCUGUGUAGAAUAGAUGAAGGGCUACAGCAGAAUUUGGUUUAUGAUUUGCAGUUUUGCAAAAUUACCCGUAUUUGCUGUAGUGAAUACAGUUAACAUCAGCUGGGACACCACAAACUAGGCUAAGAAGUCAGAUAAUUAUGAGUUACUUCUCUCUUGAGACAAAGUUUUUGUUUUCUAUUUCCUGUUUAAAUAGAGCAGCUUGGUCUAGGGUUGUUCUGGGUUUUGUUUUAGACAUUCUCAACCUUUUGUGAAUUGUAGAUAUUUAAUUCCUCAUUAAGAUGUUGUUCUAUAGCAUGUUCCUGCAGUUUCAAUGGAACAAUUUCCUU